CCAAACCUCCCUCUAACGGGCUCCUCCAACGUCAACGUAGGAUGAUUGCUACUGUGUUAUGGUAGUUCAGACUGCCUGACAUGGUCUACUUCAGAGCUUGUCUUUCUGUACUCAGAGCAGUGACAAGUAGCCAGGGCCUUCUUCUCUUCAGACAACAGUCGGGGGUUUGUAUACAAGUAAAAGCAUUCAUUUAAACCUAGUGCGCGCUGUGCACUUGUUGACAAGUUAAACAGCUGGCAGCAGGGGGGCCGUUAAAGGCACUAUGUCACGCUAUUUGUUGCUAUCUUUUUUAACAGGUUAAACUUGUCUUCUUAUCGAUUGAAUUGCUCUAAAGAUGAUCCAGUUUUGUUAUUUAAGACUAUAUAAUUUAAGGCAUGGAAACUUUUCCGUCGUCUGUUGCAACGUGGCGAUGCAAAAGUCACCCAAAAAAUUAUUUGGUUAACUGCUCCCUGAAGAAAUUUGUUUGACAUCUUCUUUUGAUUUAUAACUCUAAAGGAGCAUUUGGUGUAUGGGUAUUUUUAAAAAGGCACAUGUUGUUUAAGUAAUGACUUCAGCACAGAAUUGACCUAUAUCCUCGUGACAUAGCUCCUUUAAAGAAAUUUAUUGAUUUCAUUUCAUUGCCGUGUUAUACCAAGAAACAGUAAAAGAGCCAUGGGCAAAAUUCCUAUUUGGGUAAGAUUUCUGCACAGCCUCAUACAUGCAUUAUAUAUUAGUGAAAUCCAACUGGUGGUCUAUUAUCAAUGCUGCGUUCUGAUUGGUUGAGCUACUACUAGGCUAUAUGUUAUAUAGCCCACCAGUAGCGAAAAGCGUCGGCUUUGAAAACCAAAGCAAUGGCAGCUGAAAUCGCGUUUUGCUAACUGAAGUUGUUUUGUCUCAAUAUUUUUGACCAGCUAGUUGGAUAUUUUCACUAAAACAAUUCCUCUCAGCCUCAUGGGCCUCUGAGUCAAUAGCCCAUUCGGCCUUCGGGCCCGAGGAAUAAUUGUUAGAUAUUAUGCAUGCAUGUUUUAACUCUUUUCAUAGUAACUGUUUGUGUCAAAUAGUAGGUGUGGUGCUGUGUGACAAUCCCCCCAGUCCUCAAAUUUUUGGCACAACUUACAACAUAAAGUUAAUCUGAUGUCUUUUAUAUGGAACUGACUUUCCAGGGUACAAGAAUAAACCUUGGCCUUUUUAUACCAGGUCAUGUUCAUGCAACUGCAAUAAAUUUGUCUACCCAAUUCUAGACCAGGCACCAAAUUAAUAGGAUCCCUACCCUGUCCAAGAUUAUGAACCAGAAACUAUGGCCAGUUCUUCAUACUACAGAUUAAUCUCCAAUAGAUGAUACCCUAAAAUAUUGUUAGUAAUUUCACUUCCUUAUCCAAGUCACUAAACUGCUUGAUAAUAGGGGUGACUAUUGGGGAAUUUUUAAAUAUUGCAAUCACAUGGUCAUUGCAAUAGUGGAGGUACUAUUGCAAUAGUAUUGCAAUAGUUUUCAGCCUUUACUUUUUUGUUGGCAACAAUACAAAAUUAGCCGCCAUGUUUGAAGUUUGACGAAACCUCGGCAAUAAUCAAGAAUCAAGAUGCUAAAACAUUCUAGAUGUAGGUGCAGUAGGACGGUAGAUUGUUUUUAGUUUCUUGUUUACCAUUAUUGUGACCUUGAGAAUCAAAGACAGAAGAAAGAAGUUAAAAUGUUAGAAGUAUAGAAACUAUCGAAACUAUCGAUAGUGGGCCACACUAAUUGCAACUGUUAUCGAUGUUUCAUUUUUACUAUUGAUCCUCCAUUGCUAUUGCAGUGUUAAUAUCGAGAUUAAUCAAUAGCUCAAUGUAUUGUUCCAGCCUUACAUGAAAACCAUACCCCUCACAAUGCCACCUACAGUGGUGGAUCCAGGAGAGGAGCCUGGGGGGCCCGGGCUUAUAUUUGGACCAAACUGAGGCAUGAAGGGCUGAAAAAAUAUAUUUUUAAGACUGCCCCACCCCCAUCUCAGGUUCUGGAUGACGGCCCCCUCCCCCCUUAUCUGAAGGUCAUGAUCCAUCACUGACCUAGCUAUAUUGCACUACCCCCUUUCCCCUUACCGGGCUUAAAGUGUAUAGGGAUGCUAUUGAGGUUUAGAAACCCUUGCCUUGUUAUAUAUUAGGGGAAAAAAGCUAUUAAAUCCACUCUUAAUAUAGCAUAAUAGCUCCUAUUUAGAAUCCUGUUUAGGAUUAUUCUGUUCCAAAAUUUGCAGUCUUGUCAACACAUGAUACUCUGUGCAGGAAAUUUCUGUCUUUAGGCCAUAAAAGAAGUACCCCAACCCCUUGGCCUUAUGUCUCUCUUACUGUACAAAUGACUCAUCAGUGUUUCAUUUUCUAGGGGACUGUUCAUGCUACUGUAAUAUAUUCCUCAGUGGACAAAAAAGUGGAAAAAAGAAUAGAAGGUACGUAAUAAAUCAACAAGCAACUAUCCAACAAAAAUGCUCUUUAUAUAUUAAUUAAGUCCCUUUAUAUAUUAAUAAUUAAUACAGUUGCUUAAUUAGUAAGCAACUGUAGAUUCCAGUCAUUUCCAAUUUUUUUGUGUUUUCUUUUUGUUUUGCUUACUGUUCUUCUUGGGUGUAUUUGAACUUACAAGCUAAUUAAGGUGAGAUGAAAAUUUAAAAAAUCACUUGCUCUUCACCCAAGCUGUUGCUGAACUUUGUUAGCCUUGAGUGCAGUCUUGCACGCCCCCCUACCCUCUUUUAAUGUUGCUCGCAUUUCUUGAUUGAAACCUUCUGGCCGGACAGGUUAAUUGCUUCACUAGCUCUGGGUUUUCAUACCGCACUAAUAAUAUAAUAACUCUUUGACAGCUGCCAUGAGGUGUUUUUUAUGAGAAAAUUUAUAUAAUUUUUUUCUUCCUUAAUUUUGAUGUGUAUAGUUGUUCAGAAUGACCUGACAAAGGAGAAGGUUGAUGCAAUUGUAAAUGCUGCAAACUCAUGGUUGAAACAUGGUGGAGGAGUAAGUCUUUUCUCUCUUUUAUAUAAUCAUGCAGUGUAGAUGUUUGGAGAGUGAAAUGUAAAUCUGGUGUUGGGUGCCCUGUGUCUUGUAACAUCCUAAUUAAGAGAUUUUCAAUUUCAUGGGGUUGAUUUAGCCAGGUCAAUUUUUUUGUUUCUUCAUCUGCAUCAAAGAAACAAAGAGCCCAAGAAAUUACUUCAGUGCACAAACAUUGCUAGUUGCAAAAAAUUUUUUCUUAUCUUCAGUUGCCAAUCCAACAGAGUGGGACCAGGGUCUUACCCGCCCGACCUUUGUGUGCCUUUUAAUUACUACAAAGAAAUGGCAGUUCCAUCUCCAUUAAAGGUAUUAUUCAUUCAAAAUAUUUCCCCAAUUCUGAUUGGCUAAACGCACACGCAUAAUUCACCAUAACUAGUUUCUGAUGACCAAAUUUGGAAGAAUUCUGUGUUUAACGAGGAAAUGACGUCAAAAAUGCAGCGUUUGUGCAGGUUAAGGCACCCUUAACCAAGAGGACCUGGGGACGAGGUUGCGUUGUUUUGCUUGUGAACUUGAAAAAUGGCGGACAUUUCACUUGUUUCAAGAGUAAGAACUAGGCGAAAAAAUAACUAAAAACGUGGCAAGAACAGCAAGAAGACAACUCGAAGGGCGACAUCUUCUAUUUGGAGAACAUUUGCGAAGCUGUACAAACCUAAACGUGCACUAUCGAAGAUGAACUUAACAUCGAUGGAUCAAUUUUGGUAAGCACGUUUUAGCCAUGUUUUUAAACUAGGAAUUAUUUUGAAUGAAUGAUAAAACAAUUAUUGAUUUCGGCUUUCGUAUCAUAUGAAGAAUUAUGGAAAUCUCGGAGGGUGUUAUCCGCCUCGGCCUACGGCCUGGACGGAUAACACCCUCCUCGAUCUCCAUAAUUCUUCAUAAGAUACUCAGCCUCAUUCAUUAAUUGUUAAUUAUCCACUGUCCAUUCAGUGCUAAAUAAAUAAAAUACACUGUUUAGAAAUAAGUUUAGAAAUAAUUUCAGUUGUCAUUAUAACAGGUAGCUGGAGCUGUUGUUAAAGCUGGUGGAAAUCAAAUUCAAGUUGAAAGUGAUGAAUAUGUCACUAAAAAUGGUCCUGUGAAGACUGGAGGGAUUGCUGUGACAGGGCCAGGAAAUUUACCUUGCAAAGUAGUCAUUCAUACAGUAGGUAAGAGAUCAAAUUAAAAAGGCUUUUUUAAUUUUUUUUUUUUUUCAUGCUGGCAGGAGGCAUGGGGUUAGUAGAUUGGAGCUAUAUGGAAAGCUAGUGCCUGGGGCAGGAAUUGUCUUUGUAACCUGUCAUUCAUUUUGACUUAAUUGUAAGUGAUGGUCAGUUCAAAGAAUUGUCAAGAGCUGUUUUUUUCAUUGGUUUGUGCUUUAAUUUAAUCUGAAGAAAAACAAGGACAAAAAGGUGUGUCUUAAUCCCUUUUGCUAUGGUGAAUCAAAAAUACCUUUUGUACUUGGUCAUUUAUAUUAAGUGACCAUGUUAUACACAGGCCACUGAGCAAAGAAUGGUUUUUCUAUUCUCACACUGGGUACUAAGUACGACAUAAUGUGACACUGUUCUGAAAAGUGAGUGUAGUAGGGAAUCCACCAGCGAUCUAUCAGCCUGCAUUGACAAUAGAGCGGACUGGCCGGCCAGGCGGCCAACACGGCUGAGGCUGCUUGAAUGAAUGAACGCACGUACACACGCACGCACGCACGCACGCACGCAAGCACGAACGAACGAACGAACGAACGAACGAACGAACGAAUGAAUGAAUAGUAUGCUUGGAGUGAGCGCACAAUGGAAAUGUCAUCAUGGAUAAUUGGAGAUCUUUAGAUUCGAGGACGACCAUGAGGACGAGAUUAAACUGUAAAAUGUUUUUUUUUAGCAUAUUCUCAAGGAAACGACACCCACGAAAUCUUCAUUGUACUUUUUUUAACCAGAAAAGUUUAAUAGCACGUUCGUUUUAAUUGAAGGAGGUUAAGCCCUCUCCCCAGCGCAAAAUGAUAAAAUUUCCCAACAUUUGAUAACUGACAUGGCUUGUUUCCGUCACUACGAUGAGACAUUUUCGCUGAAACGUGUAGUAGAAUGACGACGGCUUUGACGUUUUCCCGCCAAAAUGACGCUGGUUCACGCGCGGCGCACAACUUCCUCGUCUUAGAACUCACUCCAGAAUUCGAGCUCAUGGUUGGCGACCGAGUACAAGGUUUAGACUUGUACUAGCGCGCUACCAAUACAGUAACCUGAGAAAAAAGCCAACAUUUCGCGAUGCCACUACUGGUUUCGCGACGACAUGACGUCUGAAAAAGCAAGUGCAGAAAUUCUAUGCUGGUGGAAAUUUGCUUCAUCCAAUCAGAAGCACAACCCACAUCCGGGUAGUAACGCGUCAUCAGUAUGGAAUUUCUGCGCUCGUUUCUCCGACGUCAUUUCGCGGGAGAACCAGUGGUGGCGUCGCGAAACUGCUGGCUGUUUUCUCAGGCUACCAAUACAGUACCGACGUAUUUUGAUCACAAUUUACCACUAUGUAUACGCAGCGCUCUCUGCCUGUGGAAAAUGCUUACCUUUCAAAAUGGCAUUCAACAGAGCAAAAGGAGAUCAAAACAGUAAGCGAAGUCCGGGGCACCCAAGGACAAUAUAGAUCAAAACCACUUAAACGUAACAUUGUUAAACGUAUUUUAGUAUUUAAAUGGUAGAUAUAGGCGUAUUUUUAUCCCCUAAAAAUUUUUCAUCUGUUCGGAUUUCCUAGCUCAAAGUAGUGAUCCGAAAAUUAAAGGGAUCAAAACUUACCUUUUCGAAAAUUUAAGCCAGAAAAAUGCUCCCGAAAGAUCUAGGUGACCUUUUUAGGGUAAAAGUCCUUUAAAAAUGGGCAAUUAUACCUUUUUUAGAUGUUCGAAAAUCCUAGGAGAGGCAGGCAAGCAAGAAAUUUUACAACAAAUGUUCCGAAAAUUCUAGAUCUCAGCUACAGCGAAUAGGUUUAGGAACCACGCUGGAAAACCGUCGCGUCCAGGACAUGUUAAUAACUAUAAACGCCUGUUUUCAAGGCACCGCCCCCACUUGCAUUAAGGAACUCGUUAAAAUGAGAGACAACAAGUACGAUUUAAGGGGCAAUAAUACGCUAUCACUGCCAAAAGUAAAUACUACAAAGUAUGGAUUAAACUCCUUCAGAUAUUUCGCCGCAAAACAAUGGAACAGUAUUCCAAACGAAUUACGAUUAAGAGCUGGAGGACUAGAAUUUAAUAAACAAGUGAGGAACAUUCACUUUUAGUUAUCUAAUUUUGUAAUUUUAGAUGCUAGAUAUUUUGUAUUUUUACACUUCUAUGUACAUAUUUUCUUUCUUUCGUUCUUAAUAUUGAUUUGUGGAAAACCUGCAAAAUAGCUUUAGCUAAGUGUUUCUCCCACGUUAAAUAAAGAUUAUGUUAUGUUAUGUUAUGUUAACAGAUAUUUUCCGAAAAUUGACGUUAGGUGCCCCUUCGAAGUCUAUUUUACGACUGUUUUUAUUUUCAUUAGGUCCGGUGUGGGAAGGAGGCCAGAAGGACGAAGAUGACAAUCUUCAUAACGCUCUGUUUAACUCUCUUUCUGAGUGCCAUACAAGGUGUCUAAGAAGUGUAGCUGUUCCCGCCAUUAGCAGUGGCAUCUUUGGCUUUCCAAAGAAGCGAUGUGCAAAAGUUCUUUUUUCAGCGGCGUUAGAGUUUUUCCGCUCAGAACCCAAGAGCACAAUCAAUCUAGUUCGUUUUACAAACUUUGACAAAGCCACAGUGGAGAUUUUUAAGGAGGCUGCGGCGGAUCUGAACGAUGAACCGGACGUUAGAGUUCACCUAGCGCAAACAGUAUCUUGAUAAACAAAAAUUUUAUCGCCGUCUAACGGCAAGAAAUGCGUUUUUUACUUAGUCGCGACCAAACCGUUUUUACUACUCUUUUCUUAUCGUGUGGCUGUUUGUCCACAGCGCUAGUUUUGUAUUUGCUUGGUUUGUAGCAGCAAUGUGGGUGGUGUUCUCCAUCAGGGAGUAUAAAAAUACGUCGUUAAAUUUUGAAGUCUCGGGGUUAAUUCUUUGUCAUUUCUUAGAUCACACUCGUUCGUGUGCUAUUUUUCGCCUCGAUGGCGUGGAUUCCGGAUUCUAAUCAUUUGUGAGAUUCCGGAUUCCUUGAGCUGUAUUCCGGAAUCCAAAGCCCAGGAUUCUGGAUUCCACCAGCAAAUUUUUUCUGGAUUCUGGAUUCCAUAAGCAAAAGUUUUCCGCAUUCCAGAAUCCUGAUUUUAUUAGAUGGGGCGACCACAAACUGGCCACGUGUCCGGCGACACUCGCACCGGCAAGGCUGGGCUGCUUAAGGGAGUGCGACCAUCUAAGAGGAGAUAAUGGGC